AUGGGUGUAAAAAGUCUUUGGUCGCUGUUAACACCAGUGGCAGAAAAAAUGCCUCUUUGGGAGUUGCAUGGCAAGGCAAUUGGCAUAGAUUUAAGUGGAUGGGUGUGUGACAGUGAAAAUUUAAAUCACAACAUAAGCCAAAAAAACAUGUACUUGAGGAACUUAUUUUUUCGCACCUGUAACUUAUUGUUAAUUGGUGCCAUACCAAUAUUUGUUUUGGAUGGAGAACCACCGCUUUUAAAAUAUGGUACUAUAGAAAAACGUAUUAAUGGGAGUAAAGCACCAAUAAAGACUAAUAUUAUUCGCAAACGACUAAAUUCAUUACAAAAACAAUGUGAAUUGUUGUUGAAUAUCAUGGGGGUAACUUGCGUUUAUAGUCAUGGAGAAGCAGAACAGCUAUGUGCUAUACUCAAUGAAAACGGGAUAGUAGAUGGCAUUGUCACUCAAGAUAGUGAUUGUUUUUUGUACGGUGCUCGUGUUGUAUAUAGAAAUUUUAAUGCAUCUGGAAAUGGGUCUGUUGAUGUUUAUUGCAUGGGGUCAAUUGAAAAAAAUCUAAAAAUUGGACGCAAUAAAAUGAUAGCUUUAUCGUUACUAUGUGGUUGUGAUUAUGAUGAAAAGGGUGUUUUGGGUAUUGGAAAAGAUACUGCAAUUAAGUUUCUCCAAUCACUAGAUGAUGAUGCUGUCCUUGAUCGCUUGAGACAUUGGAGAAAUGAUCCAGUUUUAAAUUCUGCUGCCAUGGAUAUUAAAUCACAGACUAAUGAAAUAAAGCUAGAGUUGAAAAUAAGGAAUAAAGCUAUAGAAAACAAAAGCUUUCCAUCUGAAGCAGUUAUUGAAGAAUUCUUAAAAGUACCAAAUUAUUCAGAAGUGUCUGCAAAAUGGAUUCUACCAGAUAUUAGUUCUUUUAUUAAAUUUGCAUCAUCAAAACUGUGUUGGGAAAGAGAGUAUGCAAUAGAUAAAUUUUUGCCAUUACUUACUAGGUGGCAUUUAAUGUAUGACGAUAUGUUUCAAGCAAAUAUAUUAAUGAAUAAAAUUGUUAAAAAGCGUGUCAAUAAAGGAAUAAAAUGUUAUGAAAUAAAAUGGAAUAAUUAUGAAAUAACAUCUGUUGAACCUCAAACAGUUGUUCAAAGAAGAUAUCCAAAUGAAGUUUCAAUCUAUGAAGAUAUGCAUACUACGUCUUCUAGAAAAACAAAGAAAAAAAUUGCAAACCAAGAUAGUAAUAUAUUUGAUAUAACAAAUACAUUUUCUUCAAUGAACAUUUCGAAAAAAAAACACAAACAGCCUAGAAAAAUAAAUGAAGCAAAAGAAAAUGUUAAAGGUCCCUUGGAUCAAUUUUUAAUGAAGGAAAAAGUUAAAGAUGAUAGUUUGACAUUGUCUGACUUUGAAUGUGAUACUGUUGACUUGGAUAUGUCUGAAAUAAUCGACGGCAUUAUAGCUUAA